AACUGUCUAUUUAUUAUUUUGAUGCUAUUUGAAAUUUCCUUCCUGAGUUCUAUUCCAUCCGGGAACCGGGAAUGUAAAAUGCGAAGAAAAUAAAAUAUUUGUAAGAUGUUAACAGAUUUUGUUCAUAUGUAACUGCAAACUGCCCGUAAUCACAUUUGGUGCUUCUCUCGGUUUGGCCUCUCGUUUCAUAUCAAUAUUUUUCCAGGUCCUCCGACGGCGAACGCUCAGCAGCCGCAAUUCCGAACUCUGGCCCUUAGAUGGCGACCGAGACAAGGCCUUUUCCCACUCUUCUCACCCUGUUUCCAGAUCUUUCUCGAACUCCGGGAGGCCACCCGAGGACGCGCGGAAACUGCCGAAGCCCCAGCCGGAGUUUCGCGGUGUCCUCGUAUGGCGACCAGCCGCGCCUGCGCAGAGUAGAGGAAGUGCCGGUUGGCGGCUGUUGCUCCGCAGUGAGAGAACGAGCGAGCGACGCGCCGAGGCGCCGUCUCCCCGCCGCGAGCACUGUCCCGCGAGGGCCCGCCACAGCAACGCGGAGGGAGGGGUGAGGAAGAAAGCGGACCGCACCCGCCGCAGCCAUGUCUGUGGUGGGCAUCGACCUGGGCUUCCAGAACUGCUACAUCGCGGUGGCGCGGAGCGGCGGCAUCGAGACCAUCGCCAACGAGUACAGCGACCGCUGCACCCCAGCUUGUAUAUCUUUGGGAUCCAAAUCCCGGACUAUUGGAAAUGCAGCAAAAAGCCAGAUAAUCACAAAUAUUAAGAAUACAUUACAUGGAUUUAAAAAGCUGCAUGGGAGAGCAUUUGAUGAUCCUUUUAUAAAGGCUGAGAGACACAAACUGCCAUAUGAACUUCAGAAAUUACCUAAUGGGAGUGUAGGUGUGAAGGUACGCUAUUUGGAUGAAGAGAGAUUAUUUGCUAUUGAACAAGUUACUGGAAUGCUGUUGGUUAAGCUUAAGGAGACAUCAGAAAGUGCACUUAAAAAGCCUGUAGCAGAUUGUGUCAUUUCAAUCCCAAGUUUUUUUACUGAUGCUGAGAGAAGGUCUGUGAUAGCAGCAGUGCAAGUGGCAGGUUUAAAUUGCUUGAGACUAAUGAACGAAACUACAGCAGUUGCUUUAGCCUAUGGAAUUUAUAAACAAGAUCUACCAAACCUAGAGGAGAGACCAAGAAAUGUGGUUUUUGUGGACAUGGGACACUCUGCAUACCAGAUUUCUGUUUGUGCUUUUAACAAAGGAAAAUUGAAGGUACUUGCUACUACGUUUGAUCCCUUUUUGGGUGGUAGAAACUUUGAUGAUGCUUUGGUAGAUUACUUCUGCGAAGAGUUCAGGAUCAAGUAUAAACUUAAUGUUAAGGACAAUGCUCGAGCAUUGCUGCGAUUAUAUCAGGAGUGUGAAAAACUGAAGAAGCUGAUGAGUGCAAAUGCUUCUGAUCUUCCAUUAAAUAUAGAAUGCUUUAUGAAUGACAUUGAUGUCUCUAGCAAAAUGAACAGGGCUCAGUUUGAACAAUUGUGUGCAUCUCUUCUGGCCAGAGUAGAACCUCCUCUGAGAGCAGUGAUGGAACAAGCUAAACUACAGUGUGAAGAUAUAUACAGUAUAGAAAUAGUAGGUGGAGCAACUCGUAUCCCAGCUGUGAAGGAGCAGAUUUGCAAAUUUUUCUGUAAAGAUAUAAGUACCACACUAAAUGCAGAUGAAGCUGUUGCAAGGGGUUGUGCAUUACAGUGUGCAAUUCUGUCCCCAGCAUUUAAAGUCCGUGAAUUUUCCAUCACAGAUGUUGUUCCUUACUCAAUUACUCUGAGGUGGCAAUCAUCUUAUGAGGAAGGAACAGGUGAAUGUGAAGUCUUCAGCAAAAAUCAUGCUACUCCAUUCUCAAAAGUUAUUACCUUCCAUAAAAAAGAGCCUUUUGAACUGGAAGCAUUUUAUACACAUCCUCAUGAUGUUCCUUAUCCUGAUACAAGAAUAGGUAAAUUUUUUUGUUACUUGCUGAGCAUGACAAUAUGCCUUUUUUAAAAUUUGUUUCAAAUA